AGCUGUGGGAUACGGCAGGCCAGGAGCGCUUCAGAAAGAGCAUGGUGCAGCACUACUACAGGAACGUUCAUGCCGUCGUGUUUGUAUACGACAUGACAAACAUUGCCAGUUUUCACAGCCUGCCCUCAUGGAUAGAGGAAUGCAAACAACACCUUCUUGCCAACGAUAUACCACGGAUUCUUGUUGGAAAUAAGUGUGACCUGAGAAGUGCUAUUCAGGUACCUACGGACUUGGCCCAGAAGUUCGCUGAUACUCACAGUAUGCCAUUAUUUGAAACCUCUGCCAAAAACCCCAAUGACAAUGACCAUGUGGAGGCCAUAUUUAUGACACUGGCUCACAAGCUUAAAAGUCACAAGCCAUUAAUGCUUAGUCAGCCCCCAGAUCGCGAUGAAAUACAUAUAAAGCCCGAACCAAAACCUGCCAUGACCUGCUGGUGUUAAAUCGUGCAAUGAUCAGCUAUCACCUUGUCUUGUUUGCAAAUGCUUCAAAAUUAUGAUCUUGUUAAAGUUCCAGGUUCUGGUAGGAAUUAUAGUGAAUCUCUUUGGCACUUUAAUGUGUUGGGUUUGGAUUUUUUUCUGGUAUAGAUGUGCCCAUCUCAUGUUCAUGCACUUUGUAAU